CUCACGACAGAGGCCUCUUCUUCCUUCAUCGCCUCUCCCCAAAAUUUUCGAUUUUUCUAGUAAUUUUUUUGUUUAUUUAUUGAUCUUCAUAGGGUUAGGGUUUUACAUAGAGGUCGAUCAUCAUCCAUGGCGGCUUCGGCGGGAGAUUUGGAUCGGAUCAAGGGUCCCUGGAGUCCAGAAGAGGACGAGGCGCUGCAGAAGCUCGUCCAACGACACGGAGCUCGGAACUGGUCUCUGAUCAGCAAGUCUAUUCCUGGAAGAUCUGGCAAGUCCUGCCGUCUACGGUGGUGCAAUCAGCUUUCGCCGAUGGUGGAGCACCGCGCGUUCACGACGGAGGAAGAUGAGAUCAUCAUUAAGGCGCAUGCGAAGUACGGCAAUAAGUGGGCGACGAUCGCGAGACUUCUUAAUGGACGGACCGAUAACGCGAUCAAGAACCACUGGAACUCGACGCUCAAGAGGAAGUACUCGGCGUUGAUCGAAGACGGCGGCGUCGUUGACGAUCAAGGCGACCGGCCUGAGAAACGAUCUGCCGGCGUUGUAGCGGCGGUGCCGGUUUCUUGCUUUAGCCCUGGAAGCCCUUCUGGAUCUGAUGUUAGUGAUUCCAGUUUACCUGUGACCUCUUCGUCGCACGUGUUUCGACCAGUACCAAUAACUGGAGCGAUCUUGCCUUCUUCUCAACUUGUCGAAUCAUCUUCGAAGACGAAAGAUCCGUUCACUGCACUCACUCUUUCGCUCCCGGGAGCUGAAUCGUACGACUUCCCGACUCAUGAACCGCCCGUUAAUAACCCCGUCCAACCGCAGCAGACGCAGCCGAAUCAGUAUAACCAGCGCGGACAGUCAUCGUCAUCGGCCGAUCAGCAAGAUCCGAGAACGAUGUCGUUUGGACCGGAGUUCUUGUCUGCGUUACAGGAGAUGAUCAAAAAAGAAGUUAGAGAUUACAUGUCAGGAUUAGAGACGAACGGGAUGUAUGCUCAAACUACCGACAGCAUUAGGAACGCUGCCAUUAAGCGCAUUGGCGUCAGCAAGAUGGACUAGAGCAGACAGUGAUCAAUAGGAAUCCAAAAACAGGGACUUUGAUCAGAAGCUCAAAACUCUGUUUUCUUCGUAGCUUUGCUUCUUCAAAGGGAAAAAAUAAUAAUUUUGAUGUUGUACAGAACUAGAGCAGAAACUUCUGAGAAGGUGCUAGAAGUAGAAGGUAGAAAAACCAGAGAGGAGAGGUAUCAUUUUCUGUUCGUGAAUCGCCGCAGGGGAAGUUGGAUUACCGGCGAAAUAAUACGUCAAAAAAAUCGCUUGAAAAAAAAAAGAAAAUAUUAUUUAGGAUUUCGGUUUUGAACAA